AUGACGUCGGAAGCCGGGGAGGGAGGAGGAGUGCCCCCCCCCCCCCGCCAGCGGCUCCCGCUGCAGCUCGCUCAGCCCAGCCUCCCGCUUUCCCGCCCCCCUUUCUCCCGAGCGAGCCCCCCCACGCCUGGCAGGAGCUAUAUAAGGCGGAAGGAGGCAGGCGAAGGGGGCAGCGCAGCUGAGCGGAGCCCAGGAGAGGAGCGGAGCGCGAGACCGAGUGCGAGACGGGGAAGCUCGGAGCAGGAAGCCGCCGCCGUCGGGACGGGAGCGCAGGUGUUCGCAGGCUGAGCGGGAGCUCCGCGGCCGCCGGCCAUGUACCGCUCCACCAAGGGCGCCUCCAAGGCGCGCCGCGACCAGAUCAACGCCGAGAUCCGCAACCUCAAGGAGCUGCUGCCGCUGGCCGAGGCGGACAAGGUCCGGCUGUCCUACCUGCACAUUAUGAGCCUUGCCUGCAUCUACACUCGCAAGGGCGUCUUCUUCGCUGGAGGCACUCCUCUGGCCGGCCCCACGGGGCUUCUCUCAGCUCAAGAGCUUGAAGACAUAGUGGCCGCGCUUCCCGGCUUUCUGCUUGUGUUCACGGCUGAAGGGAAGCUGCUGUAUCUGUCCGAGAGUGUGAGCGAGCACCUGGGCCACUCCAUGGUGGACCUGGUCGCGCAGGGUGACAGUAUCUAUGACAUCAUUGACCCAGCUGACCACCUAACUGUGCGCCAGCAGCUGACCCUGCCCUCUGCCCUGGACACCGAUCGCCUCUUCCGCUGUCGCUUCAACACCUCCAAGUCCCUUAGGCGCCAGAGUGCAGGCAACAAACUGGUGCUUAUUCGAGGCCGAUUCCAUGCUCACCCACCUGGAGCCUACUGGGCAGGAAACCCCGUGUUCACAGCCUUCUGUGCCCCGCUGGAGCCAAGAUCUCGCCUUGGCCCCGGCCCUGGCCCUGCCUCGCUCUUCUUGGCCAUGUUCCAGAGCCGUCAUGCUAAGGACCUGGCCCUACUGGACAUCUCUGAGAGUGUCCUAAUCUACCUGGGCUUUGAGCGCAGUGAGCUGCUCUGUAAGUCAUGGUACGGACUGCUGCACCCCGAGGACCUGGGCCACGCCUCUUCUCAACACUACCGCCUGUUGGCUGAGAGCGGAGAUAUUCAGGCAGAGAUGGUCGUGAGACUGCAGGCUAAGCCUGGAGGCUGGGCAUGGAUUUAUUGCCUGUUAUACUCAGAAGGUCCAGAAGGCCCCAUUACUGCCAAUAACUACCCAAUCAGUAACACGGAGGCCUGGAGUCUCCGCCAGCAGCUGAACUCUGAAGACGCCCGGGCUGCCUAUAUCCUGGGCACCCCAGCCAUGCUGCCCUCAUUCCCUGAGAACAUCCUCUCCCAGGAGCAGUGCUCCAGCCCUGACCCCCUCUUUGCCCCGGCCUUGGGGGCUCCCGGAAGCACCAGUUUCCCCAGUGCUCCCGAGAUGGGUGCUGUCUCGACAUCAGAAGAGCUUCCCCGACCUUCCAAAGAGCUGGGCUUCAGUUAUCUGACAUUUCCGUCUGGCCCGGAGCCUUCCCUUCAAGCUGGCCUGAGCAAGGAUCUCGUGUGCACCCCACCCUACACACCCCACCAACCAGGAGGCUGCGCCUUCCUGUUCAGCCUCCACGAGCCCUUCCAAACCCACCUGCCCACUCCGUCCAGCUCUCUCCAAGAACAGCUGACACCAAGCACCAUGACCUUCUCUGAUCAACUGACGCCCAGCAGUGCCACCUUCCCAGAUCCACUGACUAGUCCACUACAAGGCCAGCUGACCGAAACCUCAGCCAGAAGCUAUGAAGAUCAGUUGACUCCCUGCACCUCCAACUUCCCGGGGCAGCUGCUUCCCAGCACCGCCACCCUCCCAGAGCCUCUGGGCGGUCCUGUGCAGGAGCAGCUGACUCCUCCCAGCACAGCAUUCCAAGCACACCUGAACAGCCCCAGCCAAACUUUCCCGGAACAACUGAGUCCCAAUCCCACCAAGACUUACUUCGCCCAGGAGGGAUGCAGUUUUCUCUAUGAGAAGUUGCCUCCGAGUCCUAGCAGCCCUGGUAAUGGGGACUGCACGCUCCUGGCCUUAGCCCAGCUCCGGGGCCCCCUCUCUGUGGACGUCCCCCUGGUGCCCGAAGGCCUGCUUACCCCUGAGGCUUCUCCAGUCAAGCAGAGUUUCUUCCACUACUCUGCAAAGGAGCAGAACGAGAUCGACCGUCUCAUCCAGCAGAUCAGCCAGUUGGCUCAGGGCAUGGACCGGCCCUUCUCAGCUGAGGCUUGCACAGGGGGGCUGGAGCCACUCGGGGGGCUGGAGCCCCUAGACUCCAACCUGUCCCUGUCAGGGGCUGGCCCUCCUGUGCUCAGCCUUGACCUGAAACCCUGGAAAUGCCAGGAGCUGGACUUCCUGGUUGGCCCUGAUAACAUAUUCCUGGAAGAGACGCCCGUGGAAGACAUCUUCAUGGAUCUCUCGACCCCAGACCCCAAUGGGGAGUGGAAUUCAGAGGAUCCUGAGACAGCGGUCCCAGGAGGGGCCUUGUCACCUUGCAACAACCUGUCCCCAGAAGACCACAGCUUCCUGGAGGACCUGGCCACAUAUGAAACCGCCUUUGAGACAGGUGUCUCAGCAUUCCCCUACGAUGGGUUUACCGAUGAGUUGCAUCAACUCCAGAGCCAAGUUCAAGACAGCUUCCAUGAAGAUGGAAGUGGAGGGGAACCAACGUUUUGA